AUGGAGGCUCCGGGAGCCAAGGAUGUGCAAGUUCAAGUGCCACCUGAAGUGCGGGGCUACCUAGGGGGUACCGUAGAGCUGCCGUGCCACCUGCUGCCACCCGCCCCUGAAGUGCGUGUCUCACAGGUGACCUGGCAGCGCCUGGACGCAGCUGAGGGGAGCCCAAAUGUGGCUGUCUUCAACCCUAACUACGGCCACAGCUUCCCCAGGCUACAACCCGGCAAGGAGCGGUUGUCCUUCGUCACCGCCGGGCAGAGCACAGAGAAGGAUGUGGAGCUGCGGGACGCCACGCUGGCCAUCCGGGGGCUGACGGUGGAGGAUGAAGGAAACUAUACGUGCGAGUUUGCCACCUUCCCCAACGGCACCGUCCGGGGGGUGACCUGGCUCAGAGCCAUAGCCAAACCCCAGAACCACGCUGAAGCACAGGAAGUCACACUCAGCUUAGAGCCAGUGCCCGUGGCCCGCUGCGUCUCCAGGGAGGGCCGCCCACCUGCCCGAAUCUCCUGGUUCUCUCCCCUGGAUGGGGAGGCCAUAGAAACCCAGGUGCCAGGGCCCCUGCCUGGCACAUUCACCGUCACCAGCCGCUUCUCCUUGGCACCCUUGGGCCGAACAGAUGGUAUCAAGAUCACCUGCAAAGUGGAGCACGAGAGCUACAAGGAGCCGGACCUGCUGCCUGUGACCCUUUCCGUGCGCUAUCCCCCUGAAGUCUCUAUUUCUGGCUAUGAUGACAACUGGUACCUCGGCCGAAGUGGGGCCACCCUGAACUGUGAUGUCCGCAGCAACCCAGAGCCCACAGGCUAUGACUGGAGCACGACUUCAGGGGUCUUCCCAGACUCAGCAGUAGCCCAAGGCUCGCAACUGAGCAUCCUCUCAGUGGACAGACUGGUCAACACCACCUUUAUCUGCACGGUUACCAAUGCCGUGGGCACGGGCCGUGCUGAGCAACUCGUCUUGGUCCGAGAGACCCCCAACACAGCAGGUGCAGGGGCCACAGGUGGCAUCAUUGGGGGCAUCAUUGCCGCCAUCAUUGCUAUUGCUGUGGCCUCUACGGGAAUCCUCAUCUGCCGGCAGCAGCGGAAGGAGCAGAGGCUGCAGGGGGCAGAGGAGGAGGAUGACCUGGAGGGACCACCCUCGUACCAGCCGCCAACCCCUAAAGCAAAGCUGGAGGAGCCAGAGAUGCCCUCCCAGCUCUUCACUCUGGGGGCCUCGGAGCACAGCCCGCUUAAGACCCCCUACUUUGAUGCUGGCGUCUCGUGCACUGAGCAGGAAAUGCCUCGAUACCAUGAGCUGCCUACCUUAGAAGAGCGGUCAGGGCCCACGCUCCUGGGGGCCACAAGCCCAGCGUCCCCCAUCCUGAUGCCUCCAGCACCACCUGCUGUGGACAGCGUUUCCCUGGAUCUGGAGGCGGAGGAGGAGGAUGAGGAGGAGGAGGAGGAGGAAGGCUAUCUGGACAAGAUCAACCCCAUCUACGAUGCCCUGUCCUACACCAGCCCCCCUGAUUCCUACCAAGGCAAAGGUUUUGUCAUGUCCCGGGCCAUGUAUGUGUGAGCUGCCAUGACCCUGGCCUCUCACCUCUCAGCUUUUGAUCCUUUAGCUUUCUGUCAGGGAUCUAGCGGCCCCUAACCUCUGGCCAGGCCACUGUCAGUUAACACACGUGCAUCCCAUAUGUGACUUCUACCUUGGUGGCUCCACUGUCACCUCUAACCCAUGAACUCUAACCCAGAGAAACACACCAUGACAAUGGAAACCUGAUAACCUUAUCUCAUGAGGUAUGGGGUGGGAAGGGUAUGUUUCUGCACAGACUCUGACUUCAAGGACUCUUCUCUAAGACUAUGACCUUAGACUAUACCUCUCCUUCCCACUGACAUCUCAACUCCCCCCAUAUCCCAAAGAAGACCCAUACCUCCGAUUUGUCCUCAGACAGUAAACUCCCAGUGGGUCUGUUGGGAUGGGCUUUAGGGGCUCCUUGCUGCUCAGACCUGAGCCCUCCAGGCAGCAGAGCUCCACCUGCCCCCUCCCCACCUGCUUCCCCAAAAGUGGGAGCGAGGGGAUUCCCCAGCCCAAGGCAGAGCUUCCCCAUAUUCCUCCUCCUGCAGGCAGGAGUCUCAGGGUCCACAACCUUUCCCUGAGCCCCCACCACCCCAAGUCCUGUCUACAAAGCAUGAAGCCCCAGCCCAGGGCUAGAUGGGGUGAGCCUCAUGCAGACUGUGCCUUGACAGCCUCAGCUUUGGGAGAAGAAUUUGCUGUUAAUUUGAAGACUACUGAAUCCUUUUACCUCUGCCCAGUGGGAUGGGACCUAAACAUCCCUCUUCAGGGGAAAGUGGGUCACCUGGGUUGGGGGUGGGGUGGGGGUGAUAUUGUUUUGUAAGCUAGCAUUUCCUAGAAAAUAUGAGUUUAUACGUUGA